AUGCCCAGGAUGAUCCCUCUCCUGCUGCUGCUGCGCCUGCCCUGUUCAGCCUGUGAGAUGCAGAAGGCAAAAGGCCCCCUGAAUCUGGUCCGAGAUCAAAGCAAUGCAGAAAACUAUCACAGGCCAGGGGACCAGAUCAUCAGCGCGAUCCUUUCUACCAAAUAUACUGUACGUGAAGAGCCCUACAUCUUUUCUAAGCCUCCCCUGACCAUAAUUGACAGAAAAAUGGUUCAGAGGUAUGUCCGGUACUGGCACAUUUUGUCUUUCCUCCUUGCUGUUUGGGAGGUCAAUCAGAGUCCCAAGAUCCUGCCCAACCUCACCCUGGGCUACAACAUCUAUGAGACCCACUUCCAUGGGAGAAUUACAUCUGAUGCCAUGGUGGAUCUGAUUGCUGGAGGGGGAAGCAAUAUUCCCAACUACAGCUGUGGAGAGAGGAAGACCCCACUGGCCAUUGUGGAAGGGGCUGAAUCUGACAUCUCAAUGCACAUUUCAGCCAUGUCGGGCAUCUACAAAAUCCCGCAGCAUCCAAACUCAGAGCAGGAUCGUUGUGUCUCCAAGACUGUGAGCUUCCUCUCUUACACGGACCCUUUGGGGAUCACCCUGGCUUCCAUUGCCUUAUUCUUAUCCUUCAGCACAGGCUGUGUGCUAGGAGUCUUCAUCAAACAUUUGGAUUCUCCCAUAGUUAAAGCUAACAACCGGGAGCUCUCCUACAUUCUCCUUGUCUCCCUCCUGCUUUCCUUCGUGUCCUCCUACCUCUUCAUAGGCCAGCCAAGGAAAGGGACUUGCCUUCUCCGACAAACGGCCUUCAGCAUCAUCUUCUCAACUGCUGUGUCUUCUGUGCUGGCCAAAACCAUCACUGUGGUGCUGGCCUUCCUGGCCACCAAGCCAGGUAACAAAGUGAGAAAGUGGCUGGGAAAGAGAAUGGCCAACUCCAUUGUCAUUUCCUGUUCCAUUGUGCAACUGAUCAUCUGUGUCAUCUGGCUGGGCAUGGCUCCACCUUUUCCUGACACUGACAUGCACUCCCUGCCUGGGCACAUCAUCCUACAAUGUAAUGAAGGGUCUGUGGCCAUGUUCUGCACUGCCCUGGGAUACAUGGGCUUCCUGGCUGCCAACUGCUUCAUGGUGGCCUUCUUGGCCAGGAAGCUGCCAGCAGCUUUCAAUGAAGCCAAGCUGAUCACCUUCAGCAUGCUUGUCUUCUGCAGUGUUUGGUUGUCCUUCGUGCCCUCCUACCUGAGCACCAAGGGGAAGCAUAUGGUAGCUGUGCAGGUCUUCUCCAUCUUGGCCUCCAGUGCUGGGCUGCUGAGCUGCAUCUUUCUUCCCAAGUGCUACAUCAUUGUCGUGAGGCCUGAUCUGGGGUUCAACCAGAGUCCUGACCUCUUGCCCAACCUCACCCUGGGCUACAACAUCUAUAAGACCCACUUCCAUGGGAGGAUCACAUGCGACACCAUGGUGGACCUGAAUGCUGGAAGGGAAAGCAACAUUCCCAACUACAGCUGUGGAGGGUGGAAAAACCCACUGGCCAUCGUGGAAGGGGCUGAAUCUGACAUCUCGAUGCACACUGCAGCCAUGUCAGGCAUCUACAAACUUCCACAGCGCGCUGGGAUGACAGUUAAGAGCAGGAGAAAGACAGAGUAUGACCACUAUGGGCCAAUGUCACCAGAAAUGACACAGUUUUCGCUGAUGGCUUUUGAUUGCUUCUAUUCCAAGCAUGGCUUGUCCAGGAAAGGCUGGACAUGA